GACUCUUCUGACUACGAAGAAAAAACCUAGAUUCACAUGACUCAUCUGUAUAUAUUUUGUCAUCUUUUCAUCUCACUUAUUAGAUCUAUAAAACAAACGACCUGAAUGGAGAGAGUCUGAAAAAAUGGAUUCUUCUCAGCAAAGAAAAUUCAGUGUUCUUAUGUUUCCAUGGUUAGCUCAUGGACACAUAUCUCCCUACCUAGAGCUAGCAAAGAAGCUGACCAACAGAAAUUUUCACAUCUAUUUUUGUUCCACACCUGUAAAUCUCAGAUCCAUCAAGCCACAACUCUCUGAAAAAUACUCUCGUUGCAUUGAACUCGUGCAACUACAUCUUCCAUAUGACGACUUGCCUGAACUCCCACCUCAUUACCACACUACCAAUGGCCUCCCACCCCACCUCAUGUCCACUCUCAAAACCGCCUUCGACAGGGCAAGCCCUAACUUCUCCAACAUCCUCAAAACCCUACACCCGGAUUUGCUAAUUUAUGAUUUUCUUCAACCAUGGGCACCCUCUCUAGCUUUGUUACAAAACAUUCCAGCCAUCGAGUUCUUCACAACCAGUGCUGCCAUGAUGUCAGUUUGUACCCACCAUGGCGAGAAACCUGGUGUCAAAUUUCCGUUUCCUUCAAUCUAUUACGAGACUAGUAAGAUCAAGAUGUUGUUAGAAUCUUCAUCAAAUGGCAUCAGUGAUGGAGACCGUGCUAAGCAGUGCAGCGAUCGUUCUUGUAAGAUCGUAUUAGUUAAGAGUUCUAGAGAGAUUGAAGCAAAAUAUAUUGAUUAUCUCUCUGAUCUAAUUGGGAAGAAGAUUGUGCCUGUUGGUUCACUUGUUCAAGACCUUAUAGAGCAAGAAGUGGAUUCGGAGGAAACAAAAAUCAUGAAGUGGCUAAACACUAGAGAAAGAUCUUCGGUGGUGUAUGUUUCCUUCGGCAGUGAGUACUUUUUAUCCAAGGAGGAAAUAGAAGAGAUAGCUCAUGGGCUAGAGAUUAGCAAAGUGAGUUUUAUUUGGGUUAUAAGAUUUCCUAAGGAAGAGAAAGGUACUAGGGUUGAAGAGGUAUUACCAGAAGGGUUUUUUGAGAGGGUGGGGGAGAAGGGAAUAAUAGUGGAUGGUUGGGCUCCACAGGCAAAAGUAUUGAAGCAUUCUAGUGCUGGUGGGUUUGUGAGCCACUGUGGAUGGAGCUCAGUGUUGGAGAGCAUCAAGUUUGGCGUUCCAAUUGUAGCCAUGCCUAUGCAUCUUGACCAGCCUAUUAACGCUAGAAUAGUAGAGGACGUUGGAGUUGGUGUGGAGGUUAAGAGAAUGGGAGGAGGCGGCAACGAGAACGGGAGGCUGAAAAGGGACGAGAUAGCAAAAGUAAUCAGAGAUGUGGUGGUGGAAGAAAAUGGACAGGGUUUGAAAAGAAAGGCAAUGGAAUUGAGAGACAACAUGAAAAAGAGAGAGGAUGAAGAGAUAGAUGGGGUGGUAGAGCAGUUGAUUCAACUUUGUAUGAGAAAGGAAUGAAGUAUGAUAUCGGAUUUCACUUGCUGUGGUACUCUUUUUUCUUGACUGAAUUCUCCUCUUUUAGGAGUUUUUUAAAGCAAGGUUUUAAUGAGGCCACAGUGCAGAUUCCAGUUUUUCUGGUAGUUUUGUAAUCUAGGUUCUCAGUUUGAAUGAAGUUUCGAUCUGUUUUGAUAAAAUAUAAAAUUAAGAAGUGUUUUGUAUUUGAACAAUGUU